GUGAGGGCUCGGGGGGCUUCUCCCUCGGCUGCUGCCGCUUGGCCGUGCCGUGAGCUUGGAGGGCUGUGCGGGCGUUUGGUGAGCUCAGGCUCGCCGAGGAGCUAAAUUUAAAGCCGGGUGUGCGGCCGGCUUCGGUCUGUGUGGCCCUGUGAGGGAUUUUUAUAACUGUUGGGUUUUGCUGUUAACCUUUCUCUUUCCAAAGUUCCAAAUGAAGGGCUUUUCGGGGGUAUUGCAGUUGGGAUGAGUGCUGUUGGGAGAACGUGCCAGCAGAUCUGUUAUAGAUAAAAAUACUGAAAAAAAAAUAAAAAUUCUAAAUUUGUAUCUUUACUAUAUUAGUAUCUCUUGUGAUACUUCUGAGCAAUUUUUAUAUUGCUGUAGCAUGCACAAAAUGUGUGUGAUCCUAAUCGUGUAAAUGCUCUGACAGGUAAAAGUUUUGACCGUGGUCUUCCAUGUUACCUUAUUAUUACUGUAGUAAAUGUACUUGAGAGGUGUUUUUUUUUUCAAGUUCCUGAUAAUUACUGUAAAGCAGCAUGCACAUGCUCAAGCGCAGCUUUUGUACAGAUUCCCUAAUGUGCAAGGAGCUAAGACUGCGAAUGGGUUGCUGGAUGCAGAAAUAGAAUGAUGGGAGGGCACCAGAGCUUUUAUAAGAGGAUUUCGUCUGGCUGGUGAAAUGUAAAGUAAGGCAAACCACAAAUCAGUGAAGUGUGAGGGAUAAAAAGCACAGCUGCUUAUGCGAGUUUCAUUUCCAAGAAGAACGCUGGCUGAGCUUCCAUGUUAUUAUAACUGAGGUGAAGAGAGAAAAUAGUGUAGCUCAGUGAUCGUAAGCCCAUUCGAAUAUAACUUAUUUGGAAACUUGAAGAACAAUAAUAUGAAUGCUUAGAGACUUGCCGUCUGAGAAGGACACGGUUCUGUUAAUAUAUUUUUCUUAAAAUUCACUUGCUGAAAGUAAUCGGGUUACUGUUAUUUUUGAGCCGUAUUUAGUAGAAUACGUUGGCAUAUGCCCGGGGUUCUUAUUUGAGAAGACUGUUCAGAAUAUUGCAUCUGUGGUAGUGAAUUUACUUCACAAUUGAUUAGAAAUUCUUAGAAUAAGGGUAGGUGAAAAUAGCUUUUGUGGAAAUUUUAAAUGACAUAAACGUGAACGUUUAUUUGUAUUAUGUGUAGAUAAAUAUUGCCACGUCUUGUUUUUGCAUGGAAGGUAGGAAAAAUCGCCUUUGCUACAGUUUCAGUAGAAUUAUAUAAGAGUAUUAUGAGGAAACGGUUUACUGAAUUUGACUGUAAACCCAGAUGGUCUCUGAGCUUGUCAAGAUGAACUUGUUAUGCUUAGCGGUGUAGGUCAGGUUGGAGUGCCAGUGGAAAUGUCGGGUCUUGCACAUCUGCACAGCUGAACAGGCCUUUGUAACUGGAGAAAGUUUUUAUAAAACAGCUGUUGCUAAAAUAAGCUAAAUUGAUAACUAUGUUUUUGCUUUGAGUGCUUGUCAAAUUUACCUUGAGUUGGUGGAGGAGUUUCUCUGUGAACUUUUUGUAGGAUAGUUGCACUUCCGUGUGUAAACAAACACACUGUGGAAGGGCAUCGUGUUUUUAUUUUCUAAAUUAAUCUGACAGUUCCCCUGGAUGAAAGUGGCACAGAAGGUGUGUUUGUAUAGAUCUGUCUCGGUUUUGCUCUUACUGAUGGCAUGGUUUUUAUUUGCUUUCCCAGAGCCUACAGCUAGAGCUUAUAGAGCCAUAUGACUAGCCAGACUGGGGAACUGAUCCACUUAAAUGUUCAUCCGGGGUUUUUGCUUGUUUGGUUUGUUUGUUGGCUGGACUAGUUUGUAGGUGGUGCCCUCUGGUUGCUUGGACUUGUGAACGCUUGCCUUGGGACAAAGAAGGGAUAUGAAUGGGUGUGCAAGCACAGUGGGGCUCAGAUUGCCACUUUCCAAAGUAGCAGGCGGUAAUUAUAUGGGUAUUGUGAUUCUGAUUGUGGGUGCAGAAGCUGAAUUAGUCCUGAAGUGUGUUAGCAUGACUGAGGUUGAUCCACUGCUAAGUAGAGAGGUGGUUGUGGUGGAAUGAGCGUACCUUGUAGAUCCCGUUUUCUAAAUGGUGUAGCAGUAAUAAGGUGUGUUUGCAUACAAAUACUGCUUCGUGCAAUUCCACCUACUGUCGUUUGCUGUACGCUGUGAUUUUGGUGAAAUACUAUAUAUGUAAAUGACAUAGGUGUACUAGUACAGCCUUUUAAAUGUCAGCUUCCCACUCCCCCCCCCAUCCUGGAACUGAUUAUAAAGAUGUUUCUUAGAUACUUCUUAAAAUUUUGAGUUUUAGGUGAUUUCUUCAGCUGCAUGCUGUGAAGUCUCGGUGUGAAAAUUCCUACUAGAUAGGAUGUAGAAAAAUGCUUAGAAAUGAACAGUCAAUUUUCUGCAUUUUUCAGUUAAAGAUAAAACAACGAUCAUGGGCUAAUAUUGUAGUUAAACCCUCCUGGAGAAAGUAUUUACAAGAUGGUUUCUCUUCUACCUCUGUAAAGAACUUUGUGUUAUAAAGCUGUUAUGAGGAGCAAGUUUGUAGCUGUGAGCAGUGGACCUGUGUGAGCAGCAGUUAGGAUACACAGCUCUUGUUGCAGCCUGAUGGUACAUACAGCUAUGUAUUCUGCCUCCUGUUGAGCAGGGUAAUCUAAUUUUUGUGCUACAAAGGAAUACUUUGUUUCUGACCUUUCAGCUUUAACAAUUUUUAAAAUUACUAUUUGUGUCAAAAUUAGUAGUGAAUGUGAGAAUUCCUAAGGUAUAGGUUGCUUAUGCUGUACGGAAUGAGACUUAAUGAGAACAGCAAAGCUCUACGAGAACCAUUUCUUUAACUAGACGCUAUUAUGUCAGUGGCAUGGCACUACUAGCUUAAGUAACUUAACCUGUAGUAAAGAACAUAACAGACUUCCUGUUGAUGUCCAUUUUCUGUGUAUUGUAUCGACAUGUAUUGCCUUCGGUGCUCUGUCAGCUUCUUAAUGUUGAAACAAAUGGAGAACUUCGACAUACAGGAGGUGACUUUGGAGGUCGAGUAUCGAAUAGACACCACUGUGGACCUGAAAGUGCAGGCUAGAUGAAUCCCAGAGUGGUCUUUGCAAGCUCUCUGCAGUGUACUUUUAAAGUGAGGAAUAUUAAGAUCCUCAAACAUUGUUUACUUCCUAAGAGCAGUGAUUUAAAAGGAAAAGCAAAAGGGGUGUAAAAUAAUAUAAAGCUGAGCAAAAUGUAUGCAAGCACAUAAAACCAACACUCCCCUCGCACAGCUUCUUGAUUAAUUUUUAAUGCCAGUAUCUGUGUUCUUCUCACUGUUACAUUUUUAGUUAUAGGGGUUUUAGUUUCCUAAAACAACUUAGUGUUUUCAUUUUAUUACAGAUAUGUAGUUGUCACCUCAGAUUAGAGAUCUCAAUGUAAAAUAUUCUAUAUGAACGGAUUUUAAUGUAGCCUGUUCCUCUCAACUAUUUCUUUUAGGUUCUUUUUAGUGGGUGCUUAUCAUGGCAACAGGAGGCGGUCCAUUUGAAGAAGGCAUGAAUGAUCAGGACUUGCCCAGCUGGAGCAAUGAGAGCCUUGAUGACCGGCUGAACAACACGGACUGGGGAAGUCAACAGAAAAAAGCAAACAGAUCAUCAGAAAAAAACAAGAAGAAGCUUGGUGGGGAUACUGAAACGAGGCUUACUAAUGAUAUAUCUCCAGAAUCUUCACCUGGAAUGGGACGACGGAAGACCAGGACUCCUCAUAGUUUUCCUCAUGCACGAUACAUGACCCAGAUGUCUGUUCCAGAGCAGGCUGAACUAGAAAGACUUAAACAAAGAAUAAACUUCAGUGAUCUGGAUCAGAGAAGCAUUGGAAGUGAUUCUCAAGGCAGGGCAACGGCUGCUAACAACAAACGUCAACUUAAUGAAAACAAAAAACCAUUCAACUUCUUGUCACUGCAGAUAAACACUAACAAAAGCAAAGGUCCUGCCUCAGAUUCCCAAAAAAAGGAAAGCGGGAUACCGUUGCAAUGUAAAGAGUUGUUUGAAGCUGCUCUAAGCAAGGAUUUCUUGCAGAAUUGUCAACUCUCUGUUCAAGAAGAUGGAAGAGGAGAACCAGCUAUGGAUAGCAGCCAGAUUGUGAGCAGACUAGUUCAAAUUCGCGACUAUAUUGCUAAGGCCAGCUCCAUGCGGGAUGAUCUUGUAGAGAAAAAUGAAAGAUCGGCCAAUGUUGAGCGUUUAUCACACCUUAUAGAUCACCUUAAAGAGCAGGAGAAAUCCUAUCUGAAAUUUUUGCAAAAGAUGCUUGCUAGAGAAAAUGAGGAGGAGGAUGUUCGGACUAUAGAUUCAGCUGUGAGAUCUGGUUCUGUAGGUGAGAGCACAUCGCUAAACACUGAUGUGCAGUCUGAGGCUUCAGAUACCAUGGCCAGAGAUCCUCAACAGGAAGCUAAGGAGGAGCUGGAAAACUUGAAGAAGCAGCAUGAUUUAUUAAAAAGGAUGCUACAACAGCAGGAACAAUUGAAGGCUCUUCAAGGAAGACAGGCAGCUCUUCUUGCUUUGCAGCAUAAAGCGGAGCAAGCGAUUGCUGUCAUGGAUGAUUCUGUUGUAACAGAGACUACAGGUAGUGUUUCAGGAGUAAGUCUCACAUCAGAACUGAAUGAAGAAUUAAAUGACUUAAUUCAACGCUUUCAUAACCAGCUGCAUGAUUCUCAGACACAGUCUGUGCCAGACAAUAGAAGGCAAGCAGAAAGUCUUUCACUUACCAGAGAGAUUUCACAAAGCCGAAACUCUUCGGUGUCAGAACACCUGUCAGACGAGAAGGCACAGCUUUUUAACAAGAUGCGGAUGUUGCAGGGUAAAAAGCAAAAAAUGGAUAAACUGUUAGGAGAACUUCACACGCUUCGUGACCAACAUCUAAAUAACUCCUCUUUUUUUCCUGCUUCAGGGUCUCCUCAGAGGAGUAUUGACCAAAGAAGUACAACCUCAGCUGCUUCUGCUCCUGUAGGAGUGGUAACUGUUGUCAAUGGUGAACCAAAUAGUCUGCCAUCUGCUCCCUAUCCUCCUGAUUCCCUGGCUUCUCAGAAUGAGAGUGAAGAGGACGACAAUUUAAAUCCAACAGAAAAGCUUCAGAAGCUAAAUGAGGUUCGUAAGAGGCUGAAUGAAUUGCGUGAGUUAGUUCACUACUAUGAACAAACAUCUGAUAUGAUGACAGAUGCUGUGAAUGAAAACACUAAGGAAGAAGAGGAAACAGAAGAGUCAGAAAGUGAUUCUGAACAUGGGGAUCCACAGCCUGUUACAAAUAUUAGAAACCCUCAAGGAAUCAGUAGCUGGAGUGAAAUAAAUAGCAACUCAAAUGUACAGUGUGGAACUAAUAACAGAGAUGGAAGACAUCUUAAUACAGACUGUGAAAUAAAUAACCGAUCUGCUGCUAAUAUAAGGACUCUAAAAAUGUCUUCUACUCUAGACUGCCAUAAUAGGGAGGAUGACAAAGAGACUGACCUACCACAAGGUGAAGAUGAUGAAGUGGAAGAAGAUAGAGCUAGUGAAGAUUCCAUACCUAGUCACAGAAGCAGCCUGGGUGAUGCUGCAGAUGCUGAGUUUGAGCAGAAGAUUAAUAGGCUCAUAGCUGCAAAGCAGAAACUCAGGCAGUUACAAAACCUUGCUGCUAUGGUGCAGGAUGACGGUCCAGAACCUCAAGCACCAGCUGCAAAUGCAUCUAAUAUGGGUGACUUGUUUUUGGGUGAGAUGGAAGAGACAAAGCAACAACCAAAUAAUGUCCGAGCUAGUACCAAUAAGAUGCAAAAGGAUGUAGGACUGAAUGAAAAAGCAAGGGAGAAGUUCUAUGAAGCUAAACUUCAGCAGCAGCAACAGGAACUUAAGCAGUUACAAGAAGAAAGAAGAAAGCUGAUAGAAAUUCAAGAAAAAAUUCAAGUGUUGCAGAAAGCUUGUCCUGACCUUCAAUUGUCAGCUGGCCCGGGUAACUGCCCAGCAAAUAGGCAAACUUCACCAGCAGCCUCAACUCCAGCCAUGAAUGAGUAUAACAUGGCUGGCAAGUCUUUACUUGACUUCGAUGAAUCUGUACCAGUUGGCAAUGAGUUAUGGUCUGAGAUGAGAAGACAUGAGAUUCUGAGAGAGGAGUUGCGACGGAGAAGAAAGCAACUUGAAGCUUUAAUGGCUGAACAUCAGAGGAAGAGAGAGCUGGCAGAAACAAUAUCUACUGUUGCUGCCUCUGUUAAAAGUGAGGGAUCAGAAGCUCACCAUACUCCACAGCAAAGCAGGACAGAAAAUAGGACAAUGGCUACCUGGGGAGGCUCUACCCAGUGUGCACUAGAUGAAGAGGAUGGAGAUGAAGAUGGUUAUCUCUCUGAUGGACUUGAUCAGGCAGAGGAAGAGGAAGAAGAUGCAUCAAGUUCGAAUGAUAGUUUCUCUGUUUAUCCCAAUAACCACAUAACAGAAAAUGUGUAUUUUCUUAAAGAAAACAAGGAUAGGUGGAAGAAUGUCCGUCCUCUUUCAGCAGAUGGGAAUUACCGUCCAUUGUCUAAAACCAGGCAGCAGCAAAACGUCAGUAUGCGACGUCAGGAGAACCUUCGGUGGAUGUCUGAAAUUUCCUAUGUGGAAGAAAAAGAACGAUGGCAAGAACAGAUCAAUCAGUUGAAGAAACAACUUGAAUUUAGUGUCAGCAUUUGUCAGACCUUGAUGCAGGACCAGCAGGCGCUCUCCUGUCUUCUACAGACUUUGAUUACAGGCCCUUACAGUAUGAUGCCCAAUAAUACUACAUCUUCACAAGUACAUCUUAUCAUGCAUCAGUUAAACCAGUUUUAUACUCAGCUGACUUGGCAGCAGAAUAAUGUUCAGAGGUUGAAACAAAUGUUAAAUGAUCUUAUGCGCCAGCAAGAACAACAACAGUGUCAAGAGAAGCCUUCAAGAAAGGAGAGAGGCAGUAGUGCACCACCACCUCCAUCUCCUGUUUUCUGUCCGUUCAGCUUUCCUCCACAGCCUGUGAACCUGUUUAAUAUACCAGGAUUUACCAAUUUUUCUUCCUUUGCUCCAGGUAUUAACUACAGUCCAGUGUUUCCAUCUGGAUUUGGAGAUUGUGCACACAAUGGUUCCCCACACAGCAGUGAGCAGCAGCAACGUCCUGUAGAUCAUAAUGCUUCUGGGAAAACUGAGUAUAUGGCGUUCCCCAAACCUUUUGAAAGUAGUCCCUCUAAUGGAGCAGAAAAACAAAGGAGUCAUAGACAACCCGAAGAGGAAAUGGAAAAAAGAUCGACUUGGCUUAAUGAUAGCCAGGAAAUGAAAAAAGAUGAUCAAUCUCACCUGAAAGCAGGUUUUCCAGUUUCAGUACAAAACGUUGCUUCUGGUCAUAAAAAUCAGUCUGAUAUGAGCAGGAGAAGAGACUUUGAGGAAGAGUCUUUGGAAAGUUUUAGUAGCAUGCCUGAUCCAGUAGACCCAACUACUGUGACAAAGACAUUUAAAUCCAGAAAAGCAUCAGCGCAAGCAAGCUUGGCAUCAAAAGAUAAAACACCCAAAUCGAAGAAUAAGAGGAAGAGUUCUCAGCUGAAAGGCAGAAUUAAAAAUACUGGUUAUGAAAGUGCAAGCGCUUCUAGUGUGUGUGAACCCUGCAAAAGCAAUAAAAACAAACACUCUGAAGAGGUUGUUCAUGCAAAGGUGUUCAGCAAAAGGAAUCGGGAACAAUUAGAAAAAAUAAUUAAAUACAGUAGAUCUACAGAAAUGUCUUCAGCACAUGCUAGGAGAAUUCUGCAGCAGUCUAACAGAAAUGCAUGCAUUGAAGUGCCAGAAACUGGUAGUGAUCUUUCUAUGUUUGAAGCUUUGCGGGACACAAUUUAUUCUGAAGUCGCAACUCUUAUUUCUCAAAAUGAGUCUCGUCCCCACUUUCUAAUUGAACUUUUCCAUGAGCUACAACUGUUAAACACAGAUUACCUAAGGCAAAGAGCUCUAUACGCUUUACAGGAUAUAGUGACCAGACAUUUAUCUGAGAACAAUGAGAAAGACAAAUGUACAAAAUCGCUGAAUUCUGCAACAUGGAUAGCAUCUAACUCUGAACUCACUCCCAGUGAAAGCCUUGCUUCUACAGAUGAUGAAACUUUUGACAAGAACUUCCCUACAGAAGCAUGCCAAGACUGUGAACCAAAUGAUGCAGACAAUGGGAGUACUAUGUCUACAUCUUCUCAUUUUGAACCCUUUGCCACUGAUGACUUGGGCAACACAGUGAUUCACUUAGAUCAAGCUUUGGCUAGGAUGAGGGAAUAUGAGCGUAUGAAAAUUGAAGCUGAAAGUACCCUUGACUCUGAGGGCUGCUCUAGUAAUUUUCAGGGUGCUACUGCUGCUAAAUUAGAAGGUCCAAGCACCAGUGAGUGUCUUUCUGCACCGCAGUCAAGUGAAGCUUCUGCUGUGCCAUGUCCUCGCAUAGAUACUCAGCAGCUUGACCGGCAGAUUAAAGCCAUUAUGAAAGAGGUCAUUCCUUUUCUGAAGGAACACAUGGAUGAAGUAUGCUCUUCUCAAUUGCUGACAUCAGUAAGACGUAUGGUCUUGACUCUUACACAACAGAAUGAUGAAAGUAAAGAAUUCGUGAAGUUCUUUCAUAAGCAACUUGGUAGUAUACUUCAGGAUUCACUGGCAAAAUUUGCUGGUAGAAAACUAAAAGAUUGUGGGGAAGAUCUUCUCGUGGAGAUUUCUGAGGUGUUAUUUAAUGAAUUAGCCUUCUUUAAACUCAUGCAAGACUUGGACAGCAACAGUAUUUCUGUAAAGCAGAGGUGUAAAAGAAAAAUAGAAACAACUGAAGAGAUACAGUCUUAUGCUAAAGAGGACAAGGAUGAGACUGAAACAGUGAAACAAGCACAGGGCUCAGAAAUGUAUGAUGGUAAUGAAGUUCCUGAAAGCAUGAAGUCUGAUGCUUCUGACCAAGAGGAAGAUGAAGAAAGUGAAAGUGCCCCAGUGGCUAUAAGCUUAUCAAAAGCAGAAACCCAAGCUCUGACUAAUUAUGGCAGUGGAGAAGAUGAGAAUGAAGAUGAAGAAAUAGAAUUUGAGGAAGGACCUGUUGAUGUGCAGACAUCACUACAAGCGAGCAGUGAAACAGCAACUGAAAAUGAACAGACUCCAAACCAAGAACUGAAUAAAACAAAAGGCAGCGAUACCAUGUCAUCCAAACAAGAAUCUGCUAAUGUGAAAGGUGAACAAGAUGCAGCUACACUUUUGCCUCAUUACCUCAAUGUCAUGGAGAACACACCACCUUCAACAGUCAACACCCCAGAAUCAUUUAUAACAGCCAGUGUGAAAACAGAAGAAACAAGCUCAUCGUUACCAGGAAAUGAGACUCAAAAGCUAGAUACAGCAUGUGUAGUAAACAAGUCAUCUGCUGGAAGUUCUGAAAGCUCCGUGGCUGGCAGUCCUGAUACAGAGUCACCUGUAUUAGUGAAUGAAUAUGAAGCUGGUUCUGGAAAUAUAAGUCAAAAAUCUGAUGAGGAUGACUUUGUGAAAGUUGAAGACUUGCCCCUUAAACUUGCAGUCUAUUCAGAGGCAGAUUUAAUGAAGAAAAUAGCAUCAGAGGCCCAAACCAACAGUUUGUCUGACGAGUUACUGGAUGGAGGUAGAGCCCAAGAUGAAGAAUUAGUAGGAGAUGCUCAAACUUUGAAAGAACCAGAAACUUUUGGAGCUCAAAGUGUGUGAAAAUGAUCCGAAGAUACCUGCAUAUGUAAACUCCAUGUAUACAAAUGCAUAUGGAAGAUCACUACUUUAACAAAUUCUGAAAGUGUAUAAAAAUGUAAAAUAGUUUUUGACACUCUGCCUUUUAGGGAUAGGUAUGCUAACUUCUGCCUGUGGCAGUUUGAACAGCUGGAACUGAAUCCUCUUUUAUUCAGUUUUGCUGCACUGUUCUUUUUCUGUCUUAAUCUUUUUUAUUUUUUAUUGUGACUUGUUUAGUAAUUUUAAAAUUGUUCAAAAUUGUAGUUUUAAAUAAAGUUUGGACUUGUCUGUAAAUUUGUCUUUUGAAAAAUUUUCCUCUGACUUAUAAAAGGAUAUGC